AUGUCUACCGAACCUGACGACCAACGGAGACACCUGCGAUCCCAAACUACAGAGAAACCACUCGAGUGCACUGUUUGCAACAAGGCUUUCAAGGAUUCAGCACACCUGCGGACUCAUGUGCGCAACCAUUUAAGAGAGAAGCUGUUCGAGUGCACCGUUUGCAGCAAGACUUUUACUACAUCUGGAGCUCUGCGGGUACAUGUGCGAACGCACACAGGAGAGAGGCCAUUCCAGUGUGCCUUGUGCAGGAAAAAGUUUACGCAGUCUGGAAGCCUGCGGAGGCACCUGCUAGUUCACAGAGGAGAGAAGCCAUUCGAAUGCGCCGUGUGCUGUAAAUGUUUCACUGAAUCCAGAGGCCUGCGAAUUCAUAUGCGAACUCACACAGGAGAGAAGCCAUACGAGUGCCCCGUGUGCAGCAAGACUUUUAUUACAUCUGGAAUCAUGCGCGAACAUGAGCGAACGCACUCAGGAGAGAAGCCACACGAGUGCACCGUGUGCAACAAAAAAUUUACUGAAAGUAGAAGUCUGCGAAUACACCUGCGAGUUCACACAGGAGAGAAGGAAUUCGAGUGUGCGAUGUGCAGCAAGACUUUUACUACAUCCGGAAGCCUGCGAAUACACCUGCGAACUCACACAGGAGAGAAGCCAUUCAAAUGCAUAAUUUGCAGCAAGACUUUCUUCCAAUCUGGCCACCUGCGAUCACAUCAGCGAACUCACACGGAAGAGAAGCCGUACGAGUGCGCGGUUUGCAGGAAAACCUUUUCUGCAGCUGAAAACCUGCGGGAACAUGAGCGAACGCACACAGGAGAGAAGCCAUACGAGUGCGCGCUCUGCAGCAAGACUUUCACCCAAUCUCAAAGCCUGCGGAGGCAUAUGCGAACUCACACAGGAGAGAAGGCAUACGAGUGCGCCGUGUGCGACAAAACUUUUAGUGCACCUAAACGCUUGCAAAUACAUAUGCGAGUUCACACAGGACAGAAGCCAUUCGAGUGCAGCGUCUGCAACACGGCUUUUGCUGGAUCUGGAAGCCUGCGAAUACACCUGCAAACUCACACAGGAGAGAAGCCAUUCGUGUGCAUUAUUUGCAGCAAGACUUUUACUACAUCUGGACACAUGCGGCUUCAUCUUCGAACUCACACAGGAGAGAGGCCAUACGAGUGCGCGCUCUGCAGCAAGACUUUCACCCUAUCUCAAAGCCUGCGGGAACAUGAGCGAACGCACACAGGAGAGAAGCCAUACGAGUGCCCCGUGUGCAGGAAGACUUUCGCCCAAU